CAGCCUGGGAGUGGGUUCUCCGGGCUCAGUGCUCACCAACGCCCUUCAGGGAGGGGGCCUUGGACGGAGCCCAGUGCGGCUCGGAGUCCGCAGGAUCGCCCCGGGCACGCGGGGUCGGGGAGGCUCCUGACCUGAUUAUGGGAGAGUGCGGCCCACCCCAUACGGAUUCGGGACCCCGGGAGUCCCUCCCGCCGCAUCCAGCACCCUUAGCGAGCAGUCCAUCCUUCUCAGUCCAUCCUACCCUUCCCAGGGCCGGAGUCCACUCCAGAAGCUGAGCAGCCAUGACAUUUGCUGAGGACAAGACCUAUAAGUAUAUCCGAGACAACCACAGCAAGUUUUGCUGUCUUGACGUUUUGGAGAUCCUGCCUUACCUGCCCUGCCUCACAGCCAGUGACCAGGAUCGACUGCGGGCUUCCUACAAGCAACUGGGAAACCAGGACACACUCUGGGAACUCUUCAAUAAGCUCCAGCGUCGGGUUGGCUGGGUAGAGUUCUUCAUCCGGGCGCUGAGGAUCUGUGAGCUGCCUGGACUGGCUGACCAAGUGACUCGAGUGUAUCAGAGCUACCUACCUCCUGGAACUCCACUCCGCUCCCUAGCCCCACUGGAGCCACCAGCAGUCCCUGCCACAACUUCAGGACCUUCUGCUGUUCCAGGCCACAGCAUCCCUGGCAAUAGCUACCAAGAGAGACCAGGCUACCCCAGGCCUAUCCAGGACACUCAGCCACCAAAGUCCCCAGGAGAGAGUUUAGAGCAAGCCCCACAGGCCAGCCUUGGGGCCAUCCCGAGGAUGUCUGGUAGCUCUUUGAUGCCCUCAUCUAACCUGCAAGCUGUCAGCUCUCAGCCUUCCAGAGAACACCAUGGUCAAGAGCCAGAAGUGGGUGGCACCAACACAGCAAGUGUUGACUCCAUUCCCACACCACUCCAUGGACCCGUGUCUCCAACAGUUUCCUUCCAGCCCCUUCCACGUACCACCCAGCGGACAAGCCACUUGCCUGGGGUCACGGUGUCAGUUCCAUCUCCUGAUACCUCCUUGCCUUCCUCCUCCUCUGGAUUGGCUUUUGCAAAGGGAGCUGGUGACCAGGCCAAAGCUGCCACCUGUCUCAGCACUGAUGGGGGAGUACCCACCAAUUCUGUGACCACCAGCUCAGUGCCGCCUUCUACCAGAUCGCUACCGGUGACUACCAUGUCUUCCAAAGUGUCCUCCAAGUUGCCUAUCAGUACAAAGUCCACUGCUGCAAUGCCCUCUGCUGUGCUCACCAAUAUAGCGCCAUCAAGAUUACCCAUCAACUCAGCAUAUGCUGGCACAAUGCCAUCCAAAGUGCCUGUUAGUGUGGCCAAAGCACCUGCCAGUGUAAUGCCGCUCAACAGGAGCAACAACCAAGCCAAGGAGACUGUAGAGCCUCCAGCAACCACAGUCACCACUAGAAGCAGCUUGCCUGGACCAGAUAGCAGUUCCAGGAGCUUGUACUCUGGGGCAGAGAUGAGCAAACCAGGUGUGCUGUUGUCCCAGGUGGAUGAGCCAUUCUCAGGCUGCUCUAUGGACCUCGCCAUCAGCCCUAGCAGCUCCUUGGGCUCCGAACCCAAUCAUGGCCCAGAGGAGAAUGAGUAUUUGUCCUUUAGGAUGCAGGUGGAUGAGGACCCCAGUGCUGACCUCCUGGCAGGAAACCCUGGGCCACUAGCCACCCAGAAGCCCUCAGAAGAUGAAGAGCUUUGUGUCAGUCAAAUAUCCUGGGCUAAGUGGCUCGGGGCAACCGGUGCACUUUUGGCUGCAUUCCUGGGAGUGAUGCUGUACCGUAGUAGGCACCUGGCCCAAUGAAUCCUCAGCUGUGUGCCACUCACUUGCCCAGUUCUGCCAAGAAUGGUCUCUGGGCUCAGGCUGGUGGAGGCUGAGUUGGGGGAACUUAGAGAUGGUGAAUCCAUCGAGCUGUCUGGGUGGAAACUGCACCAAGACUCCGUCCACUGUGGGGUAGGGGAGAGACAUUCUUUCCAUCGUAAUUCAUGCCAUCUUCCGGUCUUUAGCUUUUUGGGGCACUGGAUUACCUCCACUGCUUCUGACCUGCCCACAUAGCCGUGUAGGAUUUUGUGCUGUGUGUUCCUAAGGGGGUGUCCCCACUGGCCUCAUCCUUGUUGGCCCAAGUCUGAAGAUCGGGAGGUAUCACACUUCUGUUGACAGUGCCCUUCAUCCUGCGCUGGUCUCUUGAAACACAAGCACAGGUGUAUUGUUGAGAGCUCCCAUAACGUCUUGUGCCUUCCACCAGCAGCCUGGCCUAAGGCCUUGGUACUAGAGCCUGGGAACAGCAGAGUGGCUGGUUUUUAGGAAGCUUUGAAUCCCGUCUCUCUGUUCCCCCUCCACAGCCAGGCAACCCUAAGGGAAGGUCUGUAGGUUCUCAGGGCUGUGGACCCCUGAGAAAGCCAGAAGCAGCUGCCAGGUCUAAGGGAGACCUGGAGCCCUGCUGCAGCCUCCUUACCCCACCUCUUCUUCCCUCCUGGUCUCCAUUCUCUUUGGUGGGCGGAGCGCAGGCUGGGCUUGGAUUUCAGUUCCAUGCUUUCUCUGGCUUUAGCAGAUGUUUAGCUUCUGGAGUCUUUUCCCCAGUGUGGACAGUGAGCCCUUUUACUGGGCUUUUCUGAGGCUGAAGGACAUAGAUAUUUACCUAGUGCCUAGCCCAGAGGGUAUGACUACCAACUAAUUACCCUCCUGCCCACCUGGUUGAACAAGGUGAGCUUGAGAAGCAGAAUAUAUGUUGGCAAUGGUACAGUCUUUGCUAGUGAGAGAACAGCCUUGGCCUACAUAGUGAUCUCUGGCAAAGUAUAAACCUCUGGGCCUCACUUUCUCUCUUGUGAGAUGGGGCAAAUACACAUACAUAUGCGCUAAUGUGUUCUGGUUUUAUCAAGAUAAUUAAAUUAAAAGAGUUUA